GCGGCGGCGGGGGCGGCGGGGCGCGGCGGCGGCGGAGGCGGCGGCGGUUCGGCGGGAGGCGGCGGCGGAGCCCCGCAGCGCUGCGGCAUCCGCACGUCGGACAUCAUCAUCCUGCCGCACAUCGUGCUCAACCGCCGCACCUCCGGCAUCAUCGAGAUCGAGAUCAAGCCCCUGCGCAAGACGGAGAAGAGCAAGUCCUACUACCUGUGCACCUCCGUCUCCGCCGCCGCGCUGGGGCCCGGGGCCGCCGGGAGGAUGGUGGACGCCGAGGGGCGGGACGGGCCGCCGCCGUGGGGCGAGACCACCUGGAUCUACCACGACGGAGAGGACACCAAGAUGAUCGUGGGCGAGGAGAAGAAGUUCCUGCUGCCCUUCUGGCUGCAGGUGAUCUUCAUCUCGCUGCUGCUCUGCCUCUCGGGCAUGUUCAGCGGUCUCAACCUGGGCCUGAUGGCCCUGGACCCCAUGGAGCUGCGCAUCGUGCAGAACUGUGGCACAGACAAGGAGAAGAACUACGCCAAGCGCAUCGAGCCCGUGCGCCGCCAGGGCAACUACCUGCUGUGCUCCCUCCUGCUGGGCAACGUCCUGGUCAACACCACGCUGACCAUCCUGCUGGAUGACAUUGCUGGCUCGGGGCUGGUGGCCGUGGUGGUCUCCACCAUCGGUAUCGUCAUCUUCGGCGAGAUCGUGCCGCAGGCCAUUUGCUCUCGGCACGGCCUGGCCGUGGGCGCCAACACCAUCUUCCUCACCAAGUUUUUCAUGAUGAUGACCUUCCCGGCCUCCUACCCGGUCAGCAAGCUGCUGGACUGCGUGCUGGGCCAGGAGAUCGGUACGGUCUACAACCGUGAGAAGUUGCUGGAGAUGCUGCGGGUCACCGACCCUUAUAACGACCUGGUCAAGGAGGAGCUCAACAUCAUACAGGGGGCCCUGGAGCUGCGCACCAAGACGGUGGAGGACGUGAUGACUCCUCUCCGAGACUGCUUCAUGAUAGCGGCUGAGGCUGUGCUGGACUUCAACACCAUGUCUGAGAUCAUGGAGAGCGGCUACACCCGCAUCCCCGUUUUUGAGGGUGACCGCUCCAACAUCGUGGACUUGCUCUUCGUCAAGGACCUGGCUUUUGUGGACCCUGACGACUGCACUUUGCUCAAGACCAUCACCCGCUUCUACAACCACCCGCUGCACUUCGUCUUCAACGACACCAAGCUCGACGCCAUGCUGGAGGAGUUCAAGAAAGGCAAGUCUCACCUGGCUAUAGUACAAAGAGUAAACAAUGAAGGAGAAGGGGAUCCUUUUUAUGAAGUCCUGGGAAUUGUCACUUUAGAAGAUGUGAUUGAAGAGAUCAUCAAGUCAGAGAUUCUGGAUGAAACAGAUCUAUACACUGAUAACAAGACGAAAAAGAAAGUAGCUCAUCGAGACAGGAAGCAGGACUUCUCUGCCUUCAAGCAGACAGACAGCGAGAUGAAGGUUAAAAUAUCACCGCAGCUCCUCCUGGCAAUGCACCGCUUCCUGGCAACAGAAGUAGAAGCCUUUGGUCCAUCCCAGAUGUCGGAGAAGAUCCUUCUCAGGCUGCUAAAACAUCCCAAUGUCAUCCAGGAGCUGAAAUACGACGAGAAGAACAAGAAAGCCCCAGAACACUACCUCUACCAGCGAAACAAGCCUGUCGACUACUUUGUUCUCAUUUUACAGGGGAAGGUGGAAGUGGAGGCUGGGAAGGAGGGGAUGAAGUUUGAAGCUGGUGCUUUUUCCUACUAUGGGGUGAUGGCCCUCACAGCAUCACCAGUUCCCUUGUCCCUGUCUCGUACCUUUGUUGUCAGCAGAACAGAGUUGUUAGCAGCAGGUUCUCCAGCUGAAAACAAGUCUCCACCUCGACCCUGCGGCUUGAAUCACUCAGACUCUUUAAACCGAAGUGAUCGCAUCGACGCGGUGACGCCAACGUUAGGGAGCAGCAACAACCAGCUGAAUGCGUCCUUCCUGCAAGUGUACGUUCCUGACUACUCAGUGAAAGCACUCACAGACAUUCAGUUUGUCAAGAUCUCGAGACAGCAGUACCAAAAUGCCCUGAUGGCAUCGCGGAUGGACAAAACUCCUCAGUCCUCGGACAGUGAAAACACUAAAAUCGAACUGACUCUUACGGAGCUGCAUGACGGUUUGCCGGACGAGACAGCAAACCUGCUGAACGAACAGAACUGUGUGACUCACAACAAGCCCAACCACAGUAUGCACAGUGAAGGAGCCAUCUAGGAGCUGACUCCCCACGACCCACCCAUCCCAUCUCCUCAGCAGGACCAGCCCUCGCUCCUUCCUGUCUCCUCCCCGAGUGUGACACCGUUAGUACGUGCUUGCAACACUGUGCUGCAUCCAGUGUUCUGAGACCAAAGACUUUUGUGUCCGUUGUGGGAGCAAGAAGAGGAAGAAACAGGAAGAAAGGAGCAAAGAGCAAGACAGAGAGACUAAAGCCCCAAGUGUACUUUGGGAAUGGUGAGCCACCCUUGAGAACAAUGAUAAUACUUCUUGCAAAGUAGAAUCAUGUUUAUUUUUUAUCUGUAUUUUUGAUCCUUGUUGGGUUUUUCCUCCUCAGACACAUAUGGAGAAGUUUAAAAACUGCUCCGGUUAUUUUUUCAAGAGAGAUCAUGUUUUUGAAGAGUAUUUUGCAGAGUUUUAAAUUGUUUCUGUCCCUCCUCAACCUCAACUAGGCUCUGUCGUGGUUUUGUGAAUUGGCUCCGGUGUCCUUAGGCCUCUUUUCACCUCUCUCUGUUCCUUUUUGUUGCCAUGUCGAAGAAGUCAGUAACUGGUACUUGUUUGUAUUUGUGUCCUAAGAAUGAGUGAGCGAGCUUCAAGGAACCUCUGGUUUUAGCCUCCUGGAGGGUCACGGGAUGAGUAUUGUUGCAUUCUCCCAGUUCAGUUUCAGGGAAGGAGUGCUUAUUUUAAUAUUUAAUGAUCUCUCAAAUUUCAGAAGGUUUAUUUGUAAUACAGGCAAACGCGUUGUUACACUCUACAGUUUUGUGACCUCCAAAAACUUUGUGUAUGUUUAAGAUGAUUCUGGGGGGAAGGACUUAAUUAGCAAAGCUGUGGUCUCGUGAGAUGAAGGCCGGGUGUCAUUUUCAAUACCAAAGUCUCUGGGUGGUUUUCUGUUGACUUUCCUGACAAUUGCUUGGUGAAGUAAUGUGUGCACCCAAAACCAACACACUUUAAAGCACCCACGUGCUGUAGUGGUCUGUACACCGUUACCUCAGCCCGGGCAGAUUGCAGUGCUUGUUAGUAACAGAGUACAGCAGUCCUUUUCCUUCCCUUAAAUCUCCAGUGUUAACACAAAAGAUGCUGCUACAGUUAUGCCCAAAGUACAUCCUCCAGGUGACAGAAAACCUCUGCCAGUGCAAGGACAGCUCUGCUGAGGAGUUGGGACCAUCCCGUCCUCUCCAGGAACUGACGGAAACUUUCCAGACGUGAGUGUAUUGCACUUCAGGGAUUCAGAGAGGUUCAUUCCCAGGCUGUUCCCAGCCAUAUUUUCCUUCCAUUGAGUGAUUUCGGUGCGUUUCCUUCUCUCUGGCCGCUCUUAACAGCCAUUGUAGGGAUGACCAUGGUAGCAGAGCAGAGAGCCUCCCGCCCAGGUGCCACCAUUGUGGGGCAGCAGGUGCCAGGUACUCCAACCCAAAGCCUGAAUGCAGCCUUGGUGCAGCGAGGGGCACCCGUGGCAGUUGUGCAUUGCAUGUUCCCCGGACCCACGGAUGGAGUUUAAGUCCUCAAAUGAAAACAAAAACAAAAAUGUUUCCCCCUCCUUACCCUCUCCCCUUGCAGUGCCGUCUCAAACAGAAUGUGAAUGUUGCCCUCAGUAUUAAUGCAAGCAGAGAUCAAUAAACAAGGCAUUGUGAUUUCUCUGUUCCAAGACCCGUGGCCCCUGAUUAUGUAGCAUCUCCUUUCCUUUCUUUACACCCAGAUAGUCUCCCCUGACCCCCAGGGAAGCCCCAGAAGCAGCUGCCAGAGCUCUGUGCCUGCCUGGGUAAGGGGGGCACUCACCUUCAGUGCCUGCGGUCUGCCUUGGUAAAUGUUGGCAGGAAGCACUGCUGCAGUAACUCCCUGCAGGAAACCGGGCGUGCAGCUCUGGAGCAGGCUUGGGGACGCAAAGCAGGGCCCCGAGGCUUAACUCCUUUAUCAGCUUUGCAUGAGCAUGUUCUGGGUCCUGUCUAAAAUCCACCCCUCCGAGGCGCCCCACGCUGCACCAAGAGUUGCCAGCGUUGCACCUUCCUCCCAAAGCCAAGUGUUGAGAUGUGACGGUGUUUGCCUUGGCACAGCGCGCCCCUCGCUGUGCUGCUCUUCCUGUAAGUGUUACUGAAUGUAAAGGUCUGUUGGAUGUGACCAACACGGCAGUGAACUUGAGAUGCAGUAUCUGUUUUGUAAAACCUGCCAAAGGAGGGGAGGCUCAAGUGGAGGCUGCCCAUCGGAUAUGACUUCUGCUUCUUACGGCAGGUUAUGGAUUUGUUUGAGUGUCUCUUUCCAUUAAAAAAAGAAAAAAAAAAAAAAAGCCAAAUUUUCCAACCAAAGCCUUGUAAUCCCAAAGCAAAUACCUCCUGCUUCUGCCCAUGCUGCACUGUUCACAAAUUUCCAGGCCAUUUUUUUUUGCGUGACUUUUUCAUCAUGUGUACAGAUCUGAUAAUGGAAAGUGAAAUAAUUUCCAGAAAAAUAUUUGAUUGUAGAUGUGUUUCAUAUGGAAAAUAUGUACCUGACCCGGAGGGGUUGGGAGCUGCUACUUCAAAUUAGCUCAAAGCGCAAGGCACGGUCCUCUCGGCGGAGGGGAAGGAAUCCUAUCUUCCCUGUUCUCAGGGAGUUUGCAGUCUUACUGUUUCACAAAGGCAAGGGGUUCCCAGCCCUGUGCUAGCAGCCAGCACAAGCAGAGGAGCCCUGUUCAUCUCAGAUGGCUCUUUGCACCGCGAUGGAAAUGCUGUGGCUCCGUGCAGUGCCAGCACUGGCUCUGGUUAUCCUGGCUCACAGCUUCUUCGUUCAGCUGGGCUCAGAUGCCGUGACCUGCGCCCCUGUGCCGCGUGUGCGCGUGGUGGAGCUAUGGGUCAGUGCGGUGCCAUGGGGCACUGGUGGUGGCUUUGGGAAUCGUUGGGCUUGACCUCAGACCUUGGCAAGGCUUUGGCUUGCAGAAAGGAUACUGCAUCUUCCCGUGUCAGCUCUGCUGCCACUGAGCUCACCGUGUCCGUCGUGGGGCGGGUGGCAGCCUGGGGGCCGGAGGGCAUCUCGCCAUGGUUUCUACUGUCAAUACAAUUUUGCACAAAGAGUUCUUUGAAGUGACAUUUUAAACACUAAUAUCUUAAAUGCACAACUGUGAAUUAUAACUUUUACACUCCUGUUGGUUGAAUUUCCUUUAAAGAAAUGAACCUGAAUCUGUUGUAAUUAUGAUUUUUUUUUUAAAUUCUGUGUAUUGCCAAAUCUUUGUAAAGAGUGAAGGAAUGUUCUUGCUUUCCAAUGAGAAUCGUUCUCCAAACGAGACUGCCUCUGGUGACGUGGAGAUCUUACAAAGCACGUGGCUGAGCGCAGAGGGGCUCAGGUGGGCGCAGCGAGACUCCUCGGCCUCUGCAGCUCACGGAGCUCUGGUUUGUCCCCUCGUUCAGACCCCAGCUUGUCCGUUAUCCCCAGGGCUCAGGACGAGGUUUCCCAGGGCUGAGAGCGCAGGGGUUGGGCAGGCCGUGCCCUAGUGAUGCCCCCAGCAGCACCUGUCCUCCCCCCGCUUCCCUCCCUUGCUCCAGCUGUACCCCAGCUGUGUUCCUGCUGCCCCUCGUGCUCCCUGUGCCCUGACACGCACGCAUGGCAGCUCUGGGCUGACAGACCCUGCCUGGGGCUGAGACCUGCGGGCCUUGUGCUGGGCCACUCCUUCAGCGCUGUGCUCCACAGUCUGUCCCCCCUCUCUCCUACACUUACUCCCCUUUUCUCACCGCAGGGUUAUUAUCAUUUUUUAUUCUUCUUUUCUUUAAGUGCCUUUUUGUGCGGGUGGAGCAGGCACCUGCAGGAAGCUCAGCUGCCCGUGACACCCACGGACACAUCGCCCUGUGCUGCUCCCCAGCUGCAGGCCCAGUUCCAGAGAUGAGGUUGGCACUGGUGGGACUCUGGCUCAGUUCAGCUCAGAGGAAAGGAAACCAGAGGCGGCUUUGUGAGGGGCUGCCCCCCGACGGACAUCCCGUGUAAGUACCCUGCCCUAAAGACAGCACAGCUGCCACCUCCAGGACCGCUUGGGACGUGCAUCUUCCUUGUGCUGAAACAGACUGUACAGAUCGUUCCCACAUGAAAGAUGUACCGUAUUUGAUACGCUGUCUAAUACACGUCUGUGGUUUUAAAACCAGUGCCUAUGUACCAGUUGCUGCGUUAUCCAAUGCCAGUAGGAAGCUGGGGCUGGCGGGUGGGGAGCGAUCUGUAGUGAAAGAGAGAGCGCCAAAGAAGUGCCUGGCCCUUGGAUACUGAGGGUUGGUUGUUGUUGAACUGAACUUAACAAAUGGGAGUGGAAACCAGGCAUCAUUGCACGGCGUUGAAGAGGGAGAGGCCUUCAUCCUGACCUGACAGGCAGAGCCCCGCACUGUGGGCUGGGAGGCUGACCCCCCCCCGCUCCCUGGUGUCCUUGGUCCAUCAGCUGCAGGGCCCUGCACUGUGAUCCCUGAGACAGCACCAGCACAGGGGGACACAGUCCUUCUUGGUGUUCUGCUCUUGUCCUGGAGCUUGUCCUCUUGUUCUUCUGUUUUAAUUUCAUGGCUGCAAGGCUGUACCCAGGUGAGGGCACGCAGCUGCCUGUUGCAGGUUCACAGUGGUACGGUUGAGCUUCUCAGGUUGGAUUUGUGUAGCUGCUGUUGUGUUAGGAGCUGAUAUGGGCCCUGGGCGUGUUCCCUAGAGCAGGCCUGGGCGCAGGUGAUGGAGAAAAGUUUUCUUGGGUCAGUAGCAUCAAACUCUACCAAAGUAACAGUGUCCUCUUGUUAUCCUCAUGUCAGACCAUAGGGGGAUUUUGCAGAUAAGGUACUCGAGCUGCUGCUUUUCUGGCUGCAGUUGAAAAAUUUUGUGAAAACCUCUCCUGAGGUUUUCCUUCAGGCCCUGGUUUCCUUCAGGUAGGACCGAUAACGGAGUCCUCCAAAGCUCAGUUCCUGAGCACUUCUCCUUUAGUCUUUCCCCCAGGUGGGCCCGGGCUUGGGGUGAGGCUGGGGGCAGCCUUUAGUUGGAAGUGCCAAUACUGAAAGAAUGCCUUCGGGUUUUGUCCAAAGAUCAGUGAUGGAGUGAGGCGGGGCUCCUGGUGACUGCUCUGCAGCCAGGCCUGGAUCCCUUUGCCCGGUGUUUGUGCUCUGUCCGUGCGCAUUCAGCAGAGCAGCUUGCUUCUGGAUGCCAAACAGAUUGAAUCCAAAAACUCGAGUACUUGAGGGCACCUUCCUGUGUCACCAGGAAACCACAGCGAGCUGCUUCUCUGCAGCCGCUGGGCUCUGAAGCCAAACCUUCCUCCUGCAUUCGGGAGCACGGCACAAACCCUCCGGCUGUUCUCCCAGCAGAGCUUUGUGCCCACGCCGGCCCUGCAGCUCGGGGUGGCUGAGCCCAGUGCUUCCCUGCUCCCUCCCACGUCCCACUGCCCGUCGCACGUGGUCUUUGCUGAUUGUAUCAUAUUGUACAUUAUGUCGGGUCUCCGGAGUUGUAGUGUUCUGACUACAGUGUUUCCAUGUGUGUACAUAAACCUGAGUAAGCACAACUGAAAUCAUGGAUGAAGUGUAUACGUUUCAUAUACUGAUUGUCAUACAAGUGAAUUUUAUAAUUAUUCUAAUUUUGUUGUAGAUUUCCAAUCUUUCCUAUUUAUUUUGUACCUGAUUUAUUUGUAUAUUUUGUGAUUUUGUUUGAAAGCGUUUUGUUUAUUUCUGUUCUUCUAGAUAAAUGAUGAUUUUUUUUCUGUUGGACAUUCCAGUUUAUGCAUUUUUCCCUUCUCCGCUCUUCCCCCCGUUCCAAAGGGCCGGCUGCUGGCACGUGGUGGUGGGUGGUGGGGCUGAUGGUGGUGACCCCGGCCCCAGAUCUCCGCUGAUCAGGAAUUGCUGUUGGCACUGGGCAGCCUUGAACUCCUCAGCAGUUGUCAGAAGCGAUGGAGAGGCCAGAUCAAGUAGGGCCUGCUUGUGUUCUUUGCACUGGGGUCUGGGGGCCGUCCAUUCUGCAGCCCGGGGCUGGCAAAGGCAGCGGUGCCUCAAGGCUGAUGGCCUUUU